UUUAUCCCCUUUACCUCCUGCAAUUAAAUUUCUUGAUUCUCUACCUUUCUAAAUCAUUCAUCUAUUAAUUCUGCCCCUGACCCAUUCCAUCAAUCCCUGACUUUCUUCCUCUUCUCCAAUACUCCUUUGCCAGUUACUUCUCUCAGCCCCAUACCAUUUUCUCCUAUUUUUCCAGGUCCAGCCCCGUUUCCACCUUCUGUUUCACUUCCUGCCAUUGUCCUUUUAGUUCACACCUACCUUAAAGACCCAGUCGUGUGAUAAACUAUUAUCGUGUUGGGUGCUCUGAUUCACUGAGAAACUCUUAUCACCUAAUUGUGUAGUAUUGCUAUUUUGAAAAUAAGGAACAUACCAGGCAUAGUAUGUGCUUUUCCUAUACUUCUUGCCUCUUACCUGUGCCUCUUCAAGUAAGUAGGGUUUAGUUUAUAUGAACCCUCCGGUUUCCGCCCCCCCAUGCCGAUUUUUACAAAGUUUGCUAUACUGAGCACCACUCCAGUUGGGAUCCACAGAGUUUUUCCUACCAUAUCACAAUUCCACAAAUGGGCGAUUUUAAACAGGGCUGAAUUUCGCAGCACUUUAGGGAUGGAUCCAGCUUCCCUUAUUCUGCCCUAGCUAUUCCCGAUCACCAUGUUAGUGCUGCGCUAAAAGUGGGGAAACCGGAGUACCGGUUAGGGGAUAGUGCAUAUCCCGAUUGACAUUAGAAUAUGACGAACUCUGCCCCACAUCGAACUAGGUCAAAGCCCUAUGCCGCUCACACCGGACUGCCCUUUCCCUAACGAAACAACCCACAGCCACCGACUGACACUCAAUUUUGGUAAGCCAAUAACGCCAAGAGCUUGAUUUGAAAUACGCCAAAACUUCUCUCUGUUAAAAAUUCCCUUCCUUGUUCAUUGCCGCUAUUGUCACCCAAUCCACAUCCUUCCACUAAUUCACCCAGGAAAUCGGAAAAUAUGGCCCGCAGACCCGCUCGCUGCUACCGCUACUGCAAGAGUAAGUUUGAUAGUUUUCUCGACGAUUUAUUUCUUUGGGGAGAGCCUUGGACGAGGGGAAUGCUAGAGGAGCGAAGUGGCAUUUGGGUGGUAGUGAUUUGUAGUUGAAUGAGCAGGAUUCACUUCGGUUCCUUUUUCUAUGGCAGGAAGGCUAUCGUGAGCGUUGGGAAGCAUUCGGGAACAAGUUGUGGAUACUAAUUGGUUUAUCUUCUAGACAAGCCCUACCCCAAGUCACGCUUCAACCGUGGUGUUCCCGACCCCAAGAUUCGUAUCUUUGAUUUGGGGCGCAAGCGUGCUGGUGUUGACGAAUUCCCUCUUUGCGUCCACUUGGUUUCUAACGAGUACGAACAACUUUCUUCUGAGGUAUGGGCCAUUCCUCAUCAAAUGGUGGGAGGUGCGGGGCAGUGCUGUUCGGUGGAAAUUAGCGAGUUAGAAGCUGAGUUUGGACUACGGAUUAGGCUCUCGAGGCUGCCCGUAUUUGCGCCAACAAGUAUCUUGUCAAGAUUGCCGGAAAGGACGGUUUCCACAUGAGAGUCCGGUAUGUAUCCCAUAUAUUUUGUUCGCCAUGUGGAACAUGCUAACACUACUCAAGGGCUCACCCCUUCCACGUCAUUCGUAUCAACAAGAUGCUGUCUUGCGCCGGAGCCGAUAGGUUGCAAACUGGCAUGCGUGGCGCCUGGGGCAAGCCUAAUGGGACUGUCGCCCGUGUCAAUAUUGGUCAGAUCAUUCUGUCUGUGAGGACACGGGAUACGCAUCGUGCAACCGCUAUCGAGGCUCUGAGGAGAUCUCAAUAUAAGUGUGUUAUCUAGCUGUUAUAUUUGUACGGAUCUAAUAUACUUUUAGAUUUCCCGGUCGCCAGAAGAUCAUCGUCUCCAAGAAUUGGGGUUUCACUCCGCUCCGUCGCGAUGAGUACCUGGAGAAGCGACAGGCAGGUGAGGUCAAGGUUGAUGGAGCGUAUGUUCAGUUCUUGAGGCCUCAUGGGCAGCUGGAGGACAACAUGCGCAGGUUCCCUGAGGCGUUUGCUGCUUAAGUUCGUUGAUAAAUGGUUUCGGGGAGGUGGCGUAAAUCUUUUGUAUGUGGCAUAAGAACGUGGAGGGCAAAUAAACGGAACUUGCGCUU